AAAAACGUUAUUUUCGAAAGAUCAAUCCAUCCCUGUCCUGCCGUGUGCUCAACCCUCAAAGCUUCUCGCAUUUCAUCACUGUCCGCAGCCGGGUGUUCAUCCAAUCGCAGAAACCGAUCCAUUAAGUUGAAAACCCGAAAACAUGGCUGGUCCUAAGCCUGGUAGCUCUGCCACUAAACCAAAAGCUGGCGGGAAAAAGGAGGUGAAGAAAGAGACUGGGUUGGGUCUCACCAAUAAGAAGGACGACAACUUCGGAGAAUGGUAUUCCGAGGUGGUUGUCAGUGGGGAAAUGAUCGAGUAUUACGAUAUCUCGGGCUGCUAUAUACUGAGGCCAUGGGCGAUGUCUAUCUGGGAGACUAUGCAAGUAUUUUUUGAUGCUGAAAUUAAGAAAAUGAAAAUCAAGAAUUGCUAUUUUCCACUUUUUGUAUCUCCCGGCGUCUUACAAAGAGAGAAAGAUCAUAUAGAAGGUUUUGCUCCUGAGGUUGCUUGGGUGACAAAAUCUGGGGAGUCUGACUUGGAAGUGCCGAUUGCGAUUCGUCCUACAAGUGAGACGGUUAUGUACCCGUACUAUUCGAAGUGGAUCAGGGGUCACCGUGACUUGCCUUUGAAACUUAACCAGUGGUGCAAUGUUGUGAGAUGGGAGUUCAGCCAUCCCACACCAUUUAUUAGGAGUCGAGAGUUCCUUUGGCAGGAAGGUCAUACUGCGUUUGCUACUAAGGAUGAAGCGGAUACCGAGGUUCUUGAAAUAUUGGAAUUGUAUAGGCGAAUAUACGAAGAAUACCUGGCUAUUCCUGUUAUCAAGGGCAAGAAGAGCGAGAUGGAGAAGUUUGCCGGUGGUCUUUACACCACGAGCGUGGAGGCAUUUAUCCCGAACACUGGUCGUGGAAUUCAGGGUGCGACUUCACAUUGCUUAGGUCAAAACUUCGCUAAAAUGUUCGAAAUCAACUUUGAAAACGAAAAGGGGGAGAAAGCUAUGGUCUGGCAAAAUUCGUGGGCGUAUAGUACUAGAACGAUUGGUGUGAUGGUUAUGGUUCAUGGGGAUGACAAGGGAUUGGUGCUGCCUCCAAAAGUUGCGUCGGUUCAAGUUAUUAUCGUUCCCGUGCCUUACAAAGAUGCAGACACUCAAGGAAUUUUUGAUGCUUGUUCUACCACUUUGGAUACAUUGUCCGAAGCAGGAAUUCGUGCCGAGGUCGAUUCUAGGGAUAAUUAUUCUCCUGGAUGGAAGUAUUCUCACUGGGAAAUGAAAGGUGUUCCGCUUAGGAUCGAAAUAGGGCCGAAGGACUUGGCAAACAAUCAGGUACGUGCCGUUCGUCGUGAUAACUCGGGGAAAAAGGACAUACCUAGAGCUGCAUUGGUUGAACAAGUGAAAGAAUUGCUCGAAAGUAUUCAACAAAGCCUGUUCGACGCGGCGAAAGAAAAACGAGAUGUAUGCAUUCAAGUUAUUAAUACAUGGGAAGAGUUUACUGAAGCACUCAGUCAGAAGAAAAUGAUAUUGGCUCCAUGGUGUGAUGAAGAGGAGGUCGAGAAGGACGUGAAAACACGGACCAAGGGUGAGAUGGGAGCAGCUAAAACCUUGUGUUCCCCGUUCGAGCAGCCUGCACUCCCAGAAGGUACCAAAUGUUUUGCAUCUGGGAAGCCUGCAAAGAAAUGGAGCUAUUGGGGUCGAAGCUACUAAGCUAUCAGCUCGUUUGUGUCUGCUACGGUGUGCGUGGAUAUAGCGUGUCGAGAAACCGAGGGGCGUUCGAUUCCGUUAACUGUGAGUUCAUCAGAAUUCCCAAUAGGGACAGUUAACACGAUGAAGAACAAAGCAUUCACAAGUUUAACUAUAGAACACUUUUUAUUUUGUUAGCAUAGUUGGGUUUGUUCUGAGAUUUUUGGUAUACAUAUUUUGAUUCUUGGUUUAAUUCGACAACAAAUGUCGGUUGAGUUUGUUGG